ACCGGUCCCGCCUCCUUUGACGCCCCGCCCCGCCCCUCCGCCCUGCUCUCUAAGAAAGAGCCAAUCGCUGUGUCUCAUUGGCUACCCGGCCUCGUCCAGCUGGGUCGCGUUAGAGUGCCCGCCCCACUUCUCCCGGCCACAGCCCCGCCCCACCUCCCCCAGGCCAAUCAGUUUGGUUUCUCUCCCCUAAGCUACGCCCCCGUCACCUCGCUCCUCCUCCCACCCAAUCCCGUCAGUCUGUCCCCCUGCGUCCCCGCCCCCUGCGUCCCCGCCCCUCCCGCCCCGCCCCCCGUCCAAUGCUGAGCUCAGUCUGCGUCUCGUCCUUCCGCGGGCGCCAGGGGGCCAGCAAGCAGCAGCCGGCGCCACCGCCGCAGCCGCCCGAGUCCCCGCCGCCGCCACUGCUGCCGCCGCAGCAGCAGCAGCCUGCGCAGCCCGGCCCCGCCGCGUCCCCGGCGGGCCCCCCGGCACCCCGCGGGCCCGGGGGCCGGCGCGCCGAGCCAUGCCCCGGGCUGCCGGCGGCGGCCAUGGGGCGGCACGGCGGCGGCGGUGGCGACAGCGGCAAGAUCGUGAUCAACGUGGGCGGCGUGCGCCAUGAGACGUACCGCUCGACGCUGCGCACCCUGCCAGGGACGCGGCUGGCCGGCCUGACGGAGCCCGAGGCGGCGGCACGCUUCGACUACGACCCGGGCGCCGACGAGUUCUUCUUUGACCGGCACCCGGGAGUCUUCGCGUACGUGCUCAACUACUACCGCACCGGCAAGCUGCACUGCCCGGCCGACGUGUGCGGGCCCCUGUUUGAGGAGGAGCUCGGCUUCUGGGGCAUCGACGAGACCGACGUGGAGGCCUGCUGCUGGAUGACCUACCGGCAGCACCGCGACGCGGAGGAGGCGCUCGACUCCUUCGAGGCGCCCGACCCAGCGGGCGCCGCCAACGCCGCCAACGCCGCGGGCGCCCACGACGGAGGCCUGGACGAUGAGGCGGGCGCGGGCGGCGGGGGCCUGGACGGAGCGGGCGGCGAGCUCAAGCGCCUCUGCUUCCAGGACGCGGGCGGCGGCGCCGGGGGGCCGCCAGGGGGCGCGGGCGGCGCGGGCGGCACGUGGUGGCGCCGCUGGCAGCCCCGCGUGUGGGCGCUCUUCGAGGACCCCUACUCGUCGCGGGCUGCCAGGUAUGUGGCCUUCGCCUCCCUCUUCUUCAUCCUCAUCUCCAUCACCACCUUCUGCCUGGAAACCCAUGAGGGCUUCAUCCAUAUCAGCAACAAGACGGUGACCCAGGCCUCCCCGAUCCCCGGGGCGCCUCCGGAGAACAUCACCAACGUGGAGGUGGAGACGGAGCCCUUCCUGACCUACGUGGAGGGGGUGUGCGUGGUCUGGUUCACCUUCGAGUUCCUCAUGCGCAUCACCUUCUGCCCAGACAAAGUGGAGUUUCUUAAAAGCAGCCUCAACAUCAUUGACUGUGUGGCCAUCCUGCCCUUCUAUCUCGAGGUGGGCCUCUCGGGCCUCAGCUCCAAGGCCGCCAAAGACGUGCUGGGCUUCCUGCGGGUGGUCCGCUUCGUCCGCAUCCUGCGCAUCUUCAAGCUGACCCGGCACUUCGUAGGGCUGCGCGUGCUGGGACACACGCUCCGCGCCAGCACCAAUGAGUUCCUGCUGCUCAUCAUCUUCCUGGCCCUGGGGGUGCUCAUCUUCGCCACCAUGAUUUACUACGCCGAGCGCAUCGGCGCCGACCCCGAUGACAUCCUCGGCUCCAACCACACCUACUUCAAGAACAUCCCCAUUGGCUUCUGGUGGGCCGUGGUCACCAUGACGACCCUGGGCUAUGGAGACAUGUACCCCAAGACAUGGUCGGGGAUGCUGGUUGGGGCGCUGUGUGCCCUGGCGGGGGUGCUGACCAUCGCCAUGCCCGUGCCCGUCAUUGUCAACAACUUUGGCAUGUACUAUUCGCUGGCCAUGGCCAAGCAGAAGCUGCCCAAGAAGAAGAACAAACACAUCCCCCGGCCCCCGCAACCAGGCUCACCCAACUACUGCAAGCCUGACCCACCCCCGCCACCCCCGCCCCACCCGCACCACGGCAGCGGGGGCAUCAGCCCACCGCCACCUAUCACCCCACCCUCCAUGGGGGUGACUGUGGCCGGGGCCUACCCAGCGGGGCCCCACACGCACCCCGGGCUGCUCAGGGGGGGAGCGGGUGGGCUGGGGAUCAUGGGGCUGCCUCCUCUGCCGGCCCCCGGCGAGCCUUGCCCGUUGGCUCAGGAGGAGGUGAUUGAGAUCAACCGGGCAGAUCCUCGCCCCAAUGGGGAUCCGGCAGCAGCUGCGCUUGCCCACGAGGACUGCCCAGCCAUUGACCAGCCCGCCAUGUCCCCGGAAGACAAGAGCCCCAUCACUCCUGGAAGCCGUGGCCGCUACAGCCGGGAUCGAGCCUGCUUCCUCCUCACCGACUAUGCCCCUUCCCCUGACGGCUCCAUCCGAAAAGCCACUGGUGCUCCCCCUCUGCCCCCUCAAGACUGGCGUAAGCCAGGCCCCCCAAGCUUCUUGCCUGACCUCAACGCCAACGCCGCGGCCUGGAUAUCCCCCUAGUGGAUGAACCCCCUCCCCCCGGGCUCUUGUCACCGCCUGAGACCUCGUGAGACCCUCCGUCCCCCCCUGUCCCUUCCCCCCAGGUUAGCAAUUGGGAAUGGCUGGGAGGGGGUGUCCCCAAGACACCGGGCUUCAAAUCCACCCCCAAGCCCUCUCUGCUAUGAUCAAGACACCUUUGUCCAGACAGCUCCCUUAGCAUUGCCUGGAAAAGCCACAGAACUCCCUGCGGGGACGCAGAACCUUGCAGGCAGACCCCGGCUUUGUAGAAACCACACACACUGCUGCUGGAUCUUGAGUCCCAUUAGCUGUGAGACCCCCGUGAGAGCCUUCCCGCACCCGUCAGAAGCCCAGAGCCUUCUUGGACCUUUUAAAGAUGUCCCUCCCCCCAGCACCGCUCCUAGCGCUCCCCCUCGUCCUUAGAAUCUUCUGGAGGAGCCUCCCUCCCCCCCACCCCCCCACCCCGCUCCUGGCUCCUGGAGUUCUCAUCUGAUUCCCCAAGGGCACUGCCAGCUUCGCUCCACUCAGCCCCCUCGCAGACCCCACCCCCUGCCUGCCCUCUUUCCCUACAACUAGGUCAGCCCCCAGCCACGCCACAGCGGCCGCACAGUUCCCUGCCCUCUCCGCUGGCUGCUCCCACGUGCAUUCCACCCAGCCCCUCCCCACGCCCCUGCCGCCCACCAUCCCGCCUUGCUGCCCCC